UACCUAUCGACAGCCCAGCCUGGAAUUCCUUAGUGCUGAUGGUGAAUAGCCACCGCUGCGGUGACGGGCGGAGGAGAAGCAGCCGCAGAAGGAGUCAGGGGUGGCUGAAGAGCGAUAGAUCGGAUUCGGUCUUUCAGAUUUGACAGUAUUACGUGUAUCGUCGGAUCAUUAUAAACCCCAGGGAGGAAGGGAAAGGAAAAAUAAGGAAAGAUGGCGGCCGCGGCCUCGCCGGGCUCCGGCUCGUCCACCUCCUCAGACUGGAUUGUACUGAGAGACGGCUGCCUGCGCUGCGACGAGGAGGGCCUGCGAAGCCUUUCCUACCACCCGGCCCUCAACGCUAUCUUGGCCGUUACCAGCCGCGGAAGCAUCAAAGUUAUUGACGGCACUUCGGGGGCCAUUCUCCAGGCUUCAGCGCUACACACUAAACCUGGUGGUCGUGUCAGGUGUCAGUACUUCCCUGCAGUGGACAAGGUGCUUUUUGUGGAUGACUAUGCAGUGGGAUGCAGGAAGGACCUGAAUGGCAUCUUGCUCCUAGACACAGCUCUCCAGCCUCCAGUGACCAAGCCGGAGGAUAUGGUUCAGCUUGAGCUGCCGGUCACAGAGGCCCAGCAGAUGUUGUCAGCCUGUCAGGAAAAGAUUGACGUGUCCAACACAGAGGGCUAUGAACUCUUUAUCACUCAGCUCAAAGAAGGCCUGAAGAAUACCUCACACGAGACGGCAGCCAAUCACAAAGUGGCCAAGUGGGCAACAGUGACCUUCCAUCUCCCCCACCAUGUGUUGAAGCUGGUAGCCAGCGCCAUCGUCAGUGAGCUGAAGAAAAUCAACCAGAACAUAGCUGCCUUGUCUGUGGCCUCAUCCAUCUUGGACAGGCUCUCCUAUCUCUUGUCAAGUGCCAGGCCUGAGCUUGGGGUUGGACCUGGACGCUCUGUAGAUAGAUCGUUGAUGUACAGUGAGGCCAACAGGAGGGAGACCUUUACAUCGUGGCCACAUGCUGGUUACAGGUGGGCUCAGCCUGACCCAAUGGCUCAAGCAGGUUUUUACCACCAGCCUGCCUCAACAGGGGACGACAGAGCCAUGUGUUUCACCUGCAGUGUGUGUCUGGUCUGUUGGGAACCUACAGAUGAGCCAUGGUCAGAACACGAGAGACAUUCUCCGAACUGUCCAUUUGUAAAGGGUGAGCACACACAGAACGUUCCACUGUCAGUGACACUAGCGACCAGCCCCGCCCACUUUCCCAACAGCCCCGACAGUUCAGACAAGAUCGCCUGCUAUGGCUUUGGGAGCUGCCCGCAGUUCCUCGCUGCCGCUACUAAGAGGGGCAAGAUGUGCAUCUGGGACGUCUCCAAAAUGAUGACGGUGCACUUGAAGUUUGAUAUCAACCCAUACGACCCUGCCAUUCUGAGGCAGCUGAUCCUGUGUGGUGGUGAGCAAAGCCAGCAGACGCUGACAGAGUCUCGGAGACCAACUCUGGCCUGGUUGGAGGAGUCUUCUUCCUGCUCUGACCUGCCCAAGCUAGAGGGAGACAGCGAUGACCAGUUGGAGGAUUCAGAUAGUGAAGAGCAUUCCCGUUCAGAGUCAGUAACAGGCCAGCCAUCUCAGUGGGAGAGCAUGGAUGUGAGUCUAGGGGUGACGGCGCUGAGUGUUGUCCAGCAGCCAGAGAAGCUCCAGUGGGAGGUGGUUGCAAGUGUGUUAGAGGAUACGGUCAAGGACCUGGAGGAGCUGGGAGCCAACCCCUCACUUAACCAGACCAAGGCCCACAGCCAGGCCAAAGCAAAGGACAAGGUCACUGACCACCACAACAUUCCCUUCCCCUGCCUGUUAGCUGGAGGCCUGCUCAGCUAUCGCUCAGCAUCCAGCACCCCGAUGGCUGGACCCCCACCCACAGCUCCAUCCACAACCCGCAGGACCACAGAUGGAUCUUUAAGAACUCAGGGCCCUGAGCCCUUCCACUCUGGGCCUGUACAGGACCAGGGUCCAAUGGACAUAGAGAACAACAAUCCUCAGACUGCAGCUGUGCAGCAAGGCUUCUCUAAUCUAACAGGUUCUCAAACUCCCAGCCCCUCUUCUCUGCAGGCUAUACACAGGACUAUACCCGUGCUGCUGCUGUACAGCAUCAGAGAGGUGGAUGACAAGUCCUCAGGGCAGGUGUUUGCCCAAAUGAACAACCUUAUGAGCAAGGGGCUUCACGAGGAGGGCUUCACUGUUCCACAGAUAAUAGAGAUGGAGUUUGACACGCACGAGCAGCUUCUUCUCCAGGAUCCCCCAAUCACCUAUAUUCAGCAGUUUGCUGAUGCAGCAAAUAAUCUGGCAGGGUUAGAUGGUCAUGCGGACAAAUGGAGCACACUGGCUGCAUCUAGCGUCUCCAGCCCACCCCGACCUGGAGCACUGGUGCAGUGCUUGAGACUGCCCAAACAGCUGGAGGACGAGAAUCUUUAUGUGGACUCGAUCACUCCCUGUUGGGACAGUGUGCACCUUCUGGUCAUCUUGCAGCCGUGUGGUGCUGAAUCUCUUAGUGCCACCAACCAGGUGGAGGCGCUCAACAAUCUCAAUCGCCUGCACUCAGCGCUCUGCAGUCAGCGCAAAGGUGAACUCUUACACCCAGUGGCCAAUGGGUUAGAAGGCCACCACCCAGGGGAGUCUCUGCCUCAGACACCCCUUAUUCUUCCACCAGGAGACCAGCAGCAGCAGAGGUCCUCCAGUGGAGGGAGUGGAGGGGGCUAUCUUGCACUCUACAAGCUCAACUACUCCACCCGUAUCGUCACCUUGGAUGAGGACCCUGUAAAGGUGCAGCAGAUCUGGGACCCCUGUGAUGCAAUCACCUCUCAUAUACUGCUUCCUCCAGAUGUGCUGGACAGCAGGGAAGAUGAGAGUGAAGAAGCCUCUGAUGAAGCUCUCCCCUCAGCUCCCAAAAAUGGCUUGUCUAGGUUUGGAACGGGCUCUGCAGGUUCUGCUGGCUCUGGAACUGGGACUGCAUGUGGAGCAGCCACAACCAGCAGCAGUGCUACUGUCACCAAUCCUGCCACCUCCGCCUCCAGCCCCAAAGACUGCAGUCGGUUAGAGGUGGCAGGUCUUGGACACCUGGUGGUGACCACACGAGCUGGGUACAUUAUGAUACUGGACCUGUCCACGUUGGAGGUCCUGGCCAAGGUGGAGCCGCCUAAGAAAGAGGGGUCGGCAGAGGAAACGGACCCCUUUGUUUCAGUUACCUAUUGCUCUGGGACCGAUCGCCUUUGUGCCUGCACCAAAGGUGGAGAACUUCAUUUCCUUCAAAUUGGAGGUGUGUGUGACGAUGGAGACGAUGGAGACAUGUUUAUUGAUGGCCCCCUUUCUAAAGGGGCUGAACUGCUGCUUGAGGGAGCCAAGCCUUCCUCCAACCCUUCUAGCCCAGGGAUCACAGGAGUGGACCUCCUGGUGGACCAACCACUGACUACAGAGAGCCUGAUGUCGCUGGUCGAGCUGACGCGCUUCGAAACCCUGACCCCCCGUUUCUCAGCCACAGUACCGCCAUGUUGGGUGGAGGUGCAACAGGAGCAGCAGCAGCGGCGCCACCCGCAGCACCUUCACCAGCAACACCAUGGAGAUGCAGCCCAGCACACACGCACCUGGAAGCUUCAGAGUGAUAGCUCCAGCUGGGACGAGCAUUUGUUUGAGCUUGUGCUCCCGAAAGCCUGUAUGGUGGGCCAUGUGGAUUUCAAGUUUGUGCUGAAUAACAACAUCGUGAACAUUCCUCAGAUCCAGGUCACUUUACUGAAGAACAAAGCUCCUGGGCUGGGCAAAGUCAAUGAGACGUCAGUGGACAGACAGAUCUCUUUCCCCCUCUCUAAUGUGCUCCAUGCAAAUGGGGAAAAGAAUGGCCAGCCUGCACUGCAUGACUUUGCAGAGGACAUUCAGUUUAUGGACAUAGAGGAGACAUCAGGCUCCAUGUUGUGUCCAUUUCUAGAGGAUCACAAGGAGGACAUCCUAUGUGGUCCCGUGUGGCUGGCCAGUGGCCUGGACCUCUCUGGUCAUGCAGGCAUGCUGAGCCUCACCAGCCCCAAACUGGUCAAAGGCAUGGCAGGAGGGAAGUACCGCUCAUUCCUGGUUCACAUUAAAGCAGUGAGUGAUAAGAGUAUGGAGGAGAAUCCCAGGCCUUUGGUUCGAAUGCCCAGUGCCAAGCCUCAGGGCACCAAAGGCCACUCGCUGUCCACCCUGCUGCAACGGGCACAGGCCUCCAAGGAGAAGGUUUCUACAGUGAAAACCGAGACACCGACUCCUUCAAAGAAAGUGGAGAACAUGCGCGGCUGUGACCUGCUGCAAGAAGUUUCAGUCACAAUCAGAAGGUUCAAAAAGACGUCGAUACCCAAAGAAAGGGUCCAACGCUGUGCCACGCUGCAGUUCCCAGACUUUCAUGAGAAGCUGCUGGACGGGCUGUGUCGGCAUUUAGAAGGCAGUCUGGCCUCUGAACAUAACCAGAGCCUUAUCUUGGACAUCCUCUGCUGGCUUGCUGGGGUUUUCUCCAACGGACCCUGCAGCUUAAGGGAAGGAAAGGAGGGGCUGCUGGCAAAAACCCGGACACGGCUAACGGAUAUUGUGCGGGUGUGUUUCUUUGAGGCCGGUCGGAGCAUAGCACACAAGUGUGCUCGCUUUCUUGCACUUUGUAUCAGCAAUGGAAAAGGAGACCCAAAUCAACAGGGCUUCAGCGUGAGUCUGCUCAAGUCUCUGCUCGACAAUAUGCCUUACUUGCCUGCAGCAGCAACAGGUGGCUCUGUGUUCUGGUACUUUGUGCUGUUGAACUAUGUGAAGGAGGAGGACUUGGCGGGCUGCAGCACUGCCUGCGCCUCUCUGCUCACUGCCAUCUCUCGGCAGUUGCAGGACCGCCUCACUCCACUGGAGGCACUGCUGCAGACCAGGUAUGGACUGUACAGCUCUCCAUUUGACCCAGUGCUCUUUGACCUGGAGGUCAGUGGUUCCUCUUGUAAGAAUGCCUUCAACAGCAGCAUCGGGGUCCAGUCGGAUGAGAUUGACCUUUCUGACAUCUUGUCAGGAAACGGGAAAGUGAGCAGCUGUGCGGCAGCAGAGGGCAGCUUCACAGCGUUAACUGGACUCCUGGAGGUGGAACCUUUGCACUUUACCUGUAUCUCCACCAGUGACGGCACACGUGUGGAACGGGAUGAUGCAAGCAUGUUUACUGUGAGUACAUUUGGCGUGACCCCAACGGUUGGUGGCCUGUCGACAGGACCGGUCGGUGAGGCAUCGACAGCUUUGAGUUCAGCGGCCCAGGUGGCGCUCCAGUCUCUAUCCCAUGCCAUGGUGUCAGCGGAGCAGCAGCUGCAGGUCCUGCAGGAGAAACAGCAGCAGCUGCUGAAGCUGCAGCAGCAGAAGGCCAAGCUAGAGGCUAAACUGCAUCAGACGACCUCUGCAGCCGCUGCCGCCUCGGGAGUGGGACCCAUCCACAACUCUGUGCCUUCCAACGCCUCCUCCACUCCCGGUUUCUUCCUUCACCCGUCAGACGUCAUUCCCCCAACACCUAAGACCACGCCCCUCUUCAUGACCCCUCCUCUCACACCACCAAACGAGGCCGUGUCGGCAGCCUUCAGCGCCGAGUUGGCUCACCUGUUUCCUGGCUCCAUGAUGGAUACUGGGCCUGUCAACCUGGCUGCACACAAGAACUCACAGAAAGCCAAGCCGAGUCCCAUUGGCAGUGGUCUGGCUCUGGCCAUUUCCCAGGCGUCUCACUUCUUGCAGCCUCCUCCACACCAGUCCAUCAUCAUAGAGCGGAUGCAUUCUGGAGCUCGCCGCUUUGUCACGCUGGACUUUGGUCGCCCUGUCCUGCUGACAGAUGUCCUGAUCCCAACCUGUGGUGACCUGGCCUCUCUGUCCAUUGACAUCUGGACACUGGGUGAGGAGGUGGACGGCCGCAGGCUGGUGGUUGCCACCGACAUCAGCACCCACUCUCUUAUCCUUCACGACUUGCUGCCUCCUCCCGUCUGCAGAUUUAUGAAGAUCACUGUGAUUGGUCGCUAUGGCAGCACCAAUGCUCGGGCAAAGAUCCCUCUGGGCUUCUACUAUGGUCACACUUACAUCCUGCCAUGGGAGAGCGAGCUUAAAUUGAUGCACGAUCCCCUGCGGGGAGAGAGUGAGGCGGCCAGUCAGCCAGAUGUAGAUCAGCACUUGACCAUGAUGGUGGCGCUGCAGGAGGACAUCCAAUGCAGGUACAAUCUGGCCUGCCAUCGACUGGAGACCCUCCUGCAGAACAUCGACCUGCCUCCUCUCAACAGCGCCAACAACGCCCAGUAUUUCUUACGAAAACCUGACAAGGUGGUGGAGGAGGACCAGCGUGUUUUCUCAGCCUACCAGGACUGCAUCCAGCUACAGCUGCAACUCAACCUAGCUCACCAUGCUGUCCAACGUCUACGUGUGUCUCUGGGCGCCAGCCGCCAGUCUCUCCCCACAGCUGGAGCUGUAGAGGCCCAGGAACUGGUUCACAACUCGUCCACAGAGCAGCUAAGGACAAUCAUCCGAUACCUGCUGGACACACUGCUCAGCCUGUUGCACUCUAACAAUGGCCACUCUGUGCCCUCCGUGCUGCAGAGUACCUUCCAUGCUCAGGCCUGUGAGGAGCUCUUCAAGCACCUUUGCAUCAGCGGGACGCCUAAAAUCCGUCUUCACGCUGGCCUGCUCCUGGUGCAGCUUUGUGGAGGCGAGCGCUGGUGGGGCCAGUUCCUCUCAAAUGUCCUGCAGGAGCUGUACAACUCUGAGCAACUGCUUAUCUUCCCUCAGGACAGGGUGUUCAUGCUCUUGUCCUGCAUCGGCCAAAGAUCUCUGAGUAACAGUGGUGUGUUGGAGGGUCUCCUCAACCUCCUGGACAACCUGCUCUGUCCUCUGCAGCAGCCACAAGCGGCAAUGAUGCGCAGGACUGAAGGUAAAGAAGCCAUCACUGUUGUAGAACUUGUCAGAUCAGUGACAUGUUGGACAUCUGAAGCUGGGAGUCACGUCUUUGUGACUGUGUGUUUUACUUGCAUUGAUUUAUAUUUUUGGCAAAUUAAAUUACAGGGUUUGUUAAUGUGUGUGUGUGUGUGUGUGUUUGUUCCAGGUGUUUUGGAUAUUCCAAUGAUCAGCUGGGUGGUUAUGCUGGUGUCGAGAUUAUUGGACUAUGUAGCCAGUAUAGAAGAUGAAGCCUCAGGAAAGAAGCACCUUGGUGGGAAGGACCGGGAGAGAAGUUUGACAGGUAUUCAGUGGAGCUUCAUCAAUAAUAGCCUACAGUCUCAGAACCCCAGCAGGUCGUCUAAAAGCAGCAGCAGUCUGGACCGACUCUACUCACGCAAGAUCCGCAAGCAGCUCGUCCACCACAAACAGCAGUUAAAUCUAUUGAAAGCAAAACAGAAAGCUUUGGUGGAGCAGAUCGAGAAGGAGAAGAUCCAGAGCAACAAAGGCUCCUCCUACAAACUGUUGGUUGAGCAGGCCAAGCUCAAACAAGCGACAUCUAAGCACUUUAAAGACCUGAUCCGCCUGCGGCGGACACCUGAAUGGCCCCGCUCCACGCUGGACACCGAGUCUCCAACAGCCAAAGAAGCUCCUGAAGUAGAACCUCUGCCCUUCACUCUCUCCCAUGAGCGCUGCAUCUCUGUGGUGCAGAAGCUGGCCCUCUUCCUCCUCUCCAUGGACUUCACCUGCCACGCUGAUCUGCUGCUCUUUGUCUGCAAGGUUCUUGCUCGGAUAGCCAAUGCCACAAGACCCACAAUCCACUUGUGUGAGGUGGUGUCCGAGCAGCAGCUGGAGCGACUGCUUCUCCUCCUCGUGGGGACAGAUUUUAACCGAGGGGACAUCUCUUGGGGCGGAGCAUGGGCACAGUAUUCCCUCACGUGUAUGUUACAGGACAUCCUGGCAGGAGAAAUGCUGUCCCCAGGCUCUCUGGACGUCAUGGAUGAGGUGGGGGCUGACGAGGCUGGAGCGUCGUCCUCCUCAGCAGGGGCGGAGUCUGAUGACUCCCAGCCUCAGGCCACACCCAUCCCCCUGGUAGAGAGCAUUGACGAGGCCCUGGUGCCUGAUAUCAUCGCAGGUACUACUGGGACUUCCUCAGUAUUUCAAAGUGCUCCACCUCUGUCAUCUUUGGAAAAAGAUAAAGACAUAGACUUUGACUUGCUACAAGACCUGAUGGAUGUUGAUAUUGAUCCUUUAGAUAUUGAUUUGGAAAAAGAUCCACUCGCUGCCAAAGUGUUUAAGCCUAUAAGUAGCACCUGGUAUGAUUACUGGGGUGCUGAUUAUGGCACGUACGGGUACAACCCGUAUAUUGGUGGGGUUGGUAUCCCUGUGGCCAAACCCCCAGUUGCUGCUGAGAAGCCUGGGUCCCAGAGUCUGUCGGUGUCCGUGUCACAGGCUCUGGAUGCCCGACUCGAAGUGGGCCUUGAGCAGCAGGCAGAACUGAUGCUCAAAAUGAUGGCAACUCUACAGGCUGACUCCAUCCUACAAGCCCUGACCUCAAGCUCCACCACAGUGAGCCAGGCCUCCAGUGGCACUGAUGACUCCCUCCUGAGGGCCCUCCAUGGAGGAGGCUCUCCUCCAGGCAGCAGCCUCAUGAUCCAGCCCUCGUCCAUCCCCAUGCUGAGUGCCUGCUUUAACAAGCUCUUCUCCAUGCUGCAGGUCCAUCACGUACAGCUGGAGUCUCUGCUGCAGCUGUGGUUAACGCUCAGUCUGAACACGUGUUCUGGCAGCAGUGAAGAGAGCGGCUCCGACAUCUUUAUGUUCAACGCCAGCCGAGUGCCCACUAUCCCGCUCAACCAAGCAUCCAUCAGCAGUUUCCUGACAGUGCUGGCGUGGUAUCCCAACACCUCCCUGAGAACUUGGUGUCUGGUGCUGCACUCUCUCACUCUGAUGACCAACAUGCCAGCCUGUGCCUCCAGUAACGGGAUGAGCUCUCAGGAAAGCACAGCUCAGCAGAUGGUCUCUGAUUCCACCCUGGUUCACGUCCUGGUCCGCUUCCUCUCCGGUAGCAGUACCAACGGCACGAGCCAACACACUUCUCAGGUGGGACCCACUGCCACCCAGGCCAUGCAUGAGUUCCUGAGCCGCCUGCAGGUCCACCUGUCCUCCACCUGUCCACAAAUGUUCAGCGAGUUCUUGCUCAAACUUAUGCACAUCCUGUCCACUGAGAGGGGUCCGUUCCAGUCAGGCCAGGGUCCUCUGGAUGCCCAGGUGAAGCUGCUGGAGUUUACUCUGGAGCAAAACUUCGAGGUGGUGUCAGUGGCCACCAUCUCCUCUGUCAUCGAGUCCAUCACCUUCUUGGUUCAUCACUACAUCACCUGCUCUGAUAAGGUGGUGUCCCGCAGCGGCUCCGACAGCUCCGUCGGCGCCCGCGCUUGUUUCGGUGGCCUGUUCGCCCACGUCAUUCGUCCCGGCGAUGCCAAGGCUGUCUGUGGUGAGACAACACGAGACCAACUGAUGUUCGACCUCCUCAAGCUAGUCAACGUGCUGGUGCAGCUGCCUCUGUCCGGAGACAGAGAGUUCAGCGGGCGGCUGCCGCCCGCCUGUAGUAGUGCAGCUGACAGCAGCGUGUCUGACGAGGAGAAGGUGUGCGGUAGCAAAGAAAGUGCGAGUGGUGGGUCCUCGUCCAGUCAGGGUCCUCCUGCCGGUGUGGCUGACCUGGUGCUAGCCAAUCAGCAGAUAAUGAGCCAAAUCUUAUCAGCACUGGGCCAGUGCAACAGCAGUGCCAUGGCCAUGAUCAUAGGAGCCAGCGGUCUCCACCUGACCAAACAUGAGAACUUUCAUGGGGGCCUGGAUGCCAUCUCCGUAGGUGAUGGCCUCUUCACCAUCCUCACCACCCUCAGCAAGAGGGCCACCUCCGUCCAGGUCAUGUUACAGCCCAUCCUCACGUACAUGGCCUGUGGAUACAUGGGUCGACAGGGGUCUCUUUCCACAUGUCAGCUGUCGGAGCCUCUUUUGUGGUUCAUCCUCCGAGUGUUGGACACCAGUGAGGCUCUCAAGGCCUUCCACGACAUGGGGGGUGUGCAGUUGAUCUGCAACAACAUGGUGACCAGCACCCGGGCUAUUGUGAACACAGCACGCAGCAUGGUGUCCACUAUCAUGAAGUUCUUGGAUUCAGGCCCUGGGAAAGCAGCAGAUGGCAACCUCAAAGCCAGAGUGAUGACCUCCGAGCCAGACAAUGCUGAGGGACUCCACAACUUUGCUCCUCUAGGCACCAUCACAUCCAGUAGCCCCACUGCACAGCCAGCAGAGGUCCUCCUCCAGGCCACUCCCCCCCACCGUCGCGCCCGCUCAGCAGCCUGGUCCUACAUCUUCCUGCCAGAGGAAGCCUGGUGUGACCUCACCAUUCACCUUCCUGCUGCUGUGCUGCUGAAGGAGCUCCACAUUCAGCCACACCUUGCCUCUCUAGCCACCUGCCCGUCGUCUGUCUCUGUGGAAAUCAGUGCUGACGGGGUCAACAUGCUGCCACUCUCCACACCAGUCAUCACCAGUGGCCUGACAUACAUAAAGAUCCAGCUGGUGAAGGCAGAGGUCGCCUCGGCAGUUUGCCUGAGGUUGCACCGGCCUCGGGAUGCCAGCACAUUGGGUCUGUCUCAGAUUAAACUCUUGGGACUCACAGCAUUUGGUAACACCUCCUCUGCAACGGUCAACAACCCCUUCCUGCCCUCUGAAGACCAGGUCUCUAAAACCAGCAUCGGAUGGCUGCGUCUUCUGCACCAUUGCCUGACGCAUGUCAGUGACCUGGAGGCCAUGAUGGCCAGUGCUGCAGCGCCCACCGCCAACCUGCUGCAGACCUGCGCUGCACUGCUCAUGUCACCUUACUGUGGCAUGCACUCGCCCAACAUCGAAGCCGUGCUGGUGAAGAUCGGCUUGCAGUCGACUCGCAUUGGAUUAAAACUCAUCGACAUUCUGCUGAGGAACUGUGCUGCCUCUGGCACGGACCCUGCCAAUUUGAACAGUCCUCUGCUGUUUGGGCGACUGAAUGGUCUCUCUUCAGACUCCACCAUUGACAUUCUGUACCAGCUGGGCACCACACAGGACUCAGGAACCAAAGACAGGAUCCAGGCUCUCCUCCAGUGGGUCCAUGACUCUUCACGGGUGGCAGCACACAAAAUGAGUGGCCCCACAGGAUACACUGGAAUACAUGGCGCCAGUUCUUCCUCUGCUUCUCUGAGGGAGUAUGGCCUCCUCAUGCCUUCACCCUCACACCUCCACUGUGUGGCAGCCAUUCUGUGGCACAGCUAUGAGCUGCCUGUGGACUAUGACCUGCCUGCACUGCUCAACAGAGAGCUCUUUGAGCUGCUGUAUAACUGGUCCAUGUCAUUGCCGUGUAACAUAGUGUUGAAAAAGGCUGUGGACAGCCUGCUGUGCUCCAUGUGUCACAUCCACCCCAGCUACUUCUCCCUGCUCAUGUCCUGGAUGGGGGUCGUCUCGGUGUCUAAUGCCAGCCACUCUCAGGCCCAGCACUGCCGCCUCUCCAUGACCGACGACGGCAAAAAGCAGCACGACGCCAACACCAGUGCCUCAGGACUUACAGACGACUCCAAGCAGACGAGAUGCCCCACCAAUCUGUCGGAGUCACAGCUGACGACACUGGCUGCCGCCUCUCAGUCUCCUGGAGCUAUAGAGCAACUGCUGGAUUCAGGCCUACCAUCGCUCCUAGUUCGCAGCUUGGCCCAGUUCUGUGUUGGCCUCCUGGCCAGCGCUGACCUCCCUCUGCCUGCUGCUCAGGCUGAGCGUAGACACCACCACUACCACUCACCCUCCUCCUCUUCUGCUUCACAAAGUCGGCCGCCUCUGGCUCCAGAGCUGGCCGCACCGGUGCUGCGCUUCCUCAUAGAAGUAGGCAACAGUCACGCUAUGAAAGACUGGUUAGGUGGGCCCGAGGUCAACCCUCUGUGGACGGCGCUGCUUUUCCUUCUGUGCCACUCUAGUGCCAGUGCUGGCACCAGCGCAGGCUGUCAGCCUCUGAGCUCUGGAUCUGCUGCGGCUGCCUCUUCAUCCCAGCCACAACAUUCCGGGUCACGCUUCUCUCUGGCAUCUUCUGGACAAGCUGGAGGUCUGACCACCCAGCAGAGGACGGCUCUGGAGAACGCCACGGUGGCCUUCUUCCUCCAGUGUAUCUCCUGCCACCCGAACAACCAGCGGCUCAUGGCACAGGUUCUCUGUGAGCUCUUCCAGUCUGCACCCCAGCGAGGCAACGUGCCGAUCUCUGGAAACAUCUCAGGCUUCAUUCGACGACUUUUCCUGCAGCUCAUGCUUGAGGAUGAGAAAGUCACUGUCUUCCUCCAGUCUCCCUGUCCGUUAUACAAAGGACGCAUCAAUGCCACAAGCCACAUGAUCCAACAUCCCAUGUAUGGAGCAGGCCACAAGUACCGCACCCUCCACCUGCCCAUCUCCACCACACUGGCUGAAGUACUGGACCGGGUGUCCGACACACCCAGCAUUACAGCCAAGCUGAUCAAUGAGCAGAAGGAGGACAAGGAGAAGAAGAACCACGAGGAGAGGGAGAAGAUGAAAGCAGACAGUGGCUUCCAGGACAACUACAGUGUUGUUGUGGCCUCAGGCUUGAAGUCUCAAUCCAAACGGGCUCUUUCUACCCCUCCCCGACCUCCUUCAAGGAGGGGUCGUGUCAUGAGUGACAAGCUGACUGCUUCAUCCGGUGUGGACCCAUCAGCCAAAACCAUCAGUGUGCCUGUCUUCCACCUCUACCACAAGCUGCUUCCAGGUCAACCCCUUCCACCCGAGAUGACCCUGGCUCAGCUGCUCACGCUCCUGUACGACCGCAAGCAGCCACAAGGCUACCAGUCCAUCAACCUGACGGUCAAACUGGGCUCUAAGGUCAUCUCUGACCCUGGCCUUUCCAAGACUGACUCCUUCAAGAGGCUGCGCACUGAGAAAGUGGAUCACUGUGACACCCUGAACAGCUGUCCUGAGGAUGAACCAAUGAUGGCCAGUGAGGAAUGUCUGGACGCUGCCACCGAUGAGUCCCUGUUGGAGACCAACCCUAUCCAGUCACCACUGCAGGUCUUUGCGGGCAUGGGCGGCCUGGCCCUCAUUGCAGAGAGGCUGCCGAUGCUCUACCCUGAUGUCAUACAGCAGGUCAGUGCUCCAGUGGUGCCUUCAGCCACACAGGAGAAGCCCAAAGACAGUGACCAGUUUGAGUGGGUAACCAUCGAGCAGUCGGGUGAACUGGUGUAUGAGGCUCCAGAAUCCAUCGCCACCGAGCCGCCACCCAUCAAUAAGCAGCAGUCCCAGUCAUCCUCGUCGUCCUCGUCCUCAGUGCAGACCAUGUCACCCAUUCCUGCCCACUCUCUGGCGGCUUUUGGUCUGUUCUUGCGCCUGCCCGGUUAUGCAGAGGUCCUGCUGAAGGAGAGGAAGCACGCGCAGUGUCUGCUGCGCCUGGUGUUGGGAGUCACAGACGAUGGAGAGGGCAGUCACAUACUGCAGUCUCCAUCAGCCAACGUGCUGCCCACCCUGCCGUUCCACGUGCUGCGUGCACUGUUCAGCAGCACUCCUCUCACCACUGACGACGGUGUGCUGUUGCGACGCAUGGCUCUGGAGAUCGGAGCCAUCCACCUCAUCCUGGCCUGUCUGUCUGCGCUCAGCCACCACGCCCCCCGCAACCCCAAUGCGAGCACCAGUGUCUCUGAGCCACAGAUGUCCAGUUGUCAUGGUGCGGGGACCAGUGAGGAGCAGCAGUUGUACUGGGCUAAAGGAACUGGAUUUGGCACUGGAUCCACCGCCUCGGGCUGGGACGUAGAGCAGGCUCUCACAAAACAGCGGUUAGAAGAGGAACAUGUCACGUGUCUGCUUCAGGUCUUGGCGAGCUACAUCAACCCAGCGGGCUCCUGUAGCUGCCCCAGUGCUGAUGCAUCUUCAGCAGACAGCAGAGGCCACAACACCUCAGCACUGCCUGCAGUUCUGCAGGAGUUACUGAGCCAGUCCUGCCUCAUUCCUGCCAUGUCCUCUUACCUACGCAAUGACUCAGUUCUGGAUAUGGCGCGCCAUGUGCCUUUAUAUCGGGCGCUACUGGAGCUGCUGAGAGCCAUUUCCACUUGCACAGCCCUGGUUCCUCUGCUGCUGCCUCUGUCUGGAGACCCAGGCCAGGAUGAGGAGGAGGAGGAUGAAGAACACUCUGAGGGACAGACCUCUGUCGGGAUGCUGCUGGCCAAAAUGAAGACAUGUGUGGACACGUACACCAAUCGCCUCAGGUCAAAGAAAGAUAAGAGUAAAGGCAUGAUGAAGACAGAAAGCUCAGAUCCAGAGCCCGAGGGUUUGACUCUGCUGGUGCCGGACAUCCAGAGGACAGCUGAGAUAGUCUACACCGCUACCACCAGCCUCCGGCAGGCCAAUCAGGAGAGGAAGCUGGUGGAGUCUUCAAGGAAGGCGUCAUGUCGGCCAAAGCCCCUCUCCAUCCUGCGCUCACUGGAGGAAAAAUAUGUAGCUGUCAUGAAGAAGCUGCAGUUUGACACCUUUGAAAUGGUUUCAGAGGAUGAGGACGGGAAGCUCAUGUUCAAGGUGAACUACCACUACAUGUCUCAGGUGAAGAACGCCAGCGAUACUAACAGCGCAGCACGAUCCCGCCGCCUCGCCCAGGAAGCAGUCACCCUGUCCACCUCUCUGCCCCUGUCAUCCUCGUCCAGUGUCUUUGUCCGCUGUGAUGAGGAGAGGCUGGACAUCAUGAAGGUUCUCAUCACAGGUCCAGCUGACACUCCGUACGCCAAUGGCUGCUUCGAGUUUGAUGUGUACUUUCCCCAAGACUAUCCCAACUCUCCCCCACUGGUCAACCUAGAGACUACAGGUGGACAUAGUGUGCGCUUCAACCCUAACCUCUACAAUGACGGCAAAGUGUGUUUAAGUAUCCUCAACACAUGGCACGGGAGACCAGAGGAGAAAUGGAACCCUCAGACCUCAAGCUUUUUACAGGUGCUAGUGUCAGUGCAGUCCCUCAUCCUGGUGGCUGAGCCUUACUUCAAUGAACCAGGGUAUGAGCGCUCUCGUGGGACUCCCAGCGGAACCCAGAGCUCACGGGAAUACGAUGGCAACAUCCGACAGGCCAGCGUCAAAUGGGCAAUGCUGGAGCAGAUGCGUAACCCCUCACCAUGCUUCAAAGAGGUGAUCCACAAACAUUUCUACUUGAAGCGAAUAGAGAUCAUGUCUCAGUGUGAGGAGUGGAUCGCUGACAUCCAGCAGUACAGCAGCGACAAGAGGGUCGGCCGCACCAUGUCCCACCACGCUGCUGCGCUCAAGAGACACACAGCUCAGCUGAGGGAGGAGUUCCUGAAGCUGCCGUGUCCCGACGGCCUGGAGCCCGACUGCGACGAGUUCUCAGAGAAGAGCGCCGCCCUCCUUCUCAAAGAGCUGCCCAGUCACGACGCAGAGAAGCCGGGCAGCAGCCAGGACAGCCACUGCAGUGACGGACAGCUAUGAAGUCCACACCUCCUCCCUCCCUCCCUCCCUCCCUGCCCCCUCCCUCCCAUCACCUCCCACCCAUCAUUGCUCUUGAAAAGACUCGAUGGCGUGUGACCACAAAGCUACCACUUUGUCAAUAUUUGUAUGUAAAGAUCCAAUGGCAGAAAAAAAAAGCCUAGAAGGAGGGGACGCGGGGGGGGAAAGGGACGACGACGAGACGAACUCUGAACUAUGCCACACCCACAUUGAAAACAGUCAACAAAAACUUUUAUUUACCUGUAAAAGAGUGUAAACAUUUUGUGCUUUUUUUCCCAAUUGUGAAAUAACCACUGAUUGGUAUGUUAUUAAACUUGUUUAUGUAUACAUAUUGGAAGAGGAAAAAUGACAGAUUAUAUAAGGGAAGCUACCUUUAGAGAAGAAUGUUUACUGAAUGUUCAUUUCCUGUUUUUGUUUUUGUUUUUAUUUUUGACUGUUGGCGACCAGACUGGUCAUUCUUUAAGGAAACGAUAUUUAAAAAAAAAAAACAAGAGACAAAAGAAAAGACGAGUAACAGAACCUGCGAUAAAAGCCCCACUGCUUCUUUUGAUUUUCCUCCACCAUCACAUCCACCUGAAUAAAAUCUGACCUGGACAUUCUUCAUGUUCUGUUCUCCACAUUAAAAAAAGCAUCAUGCUCUGGAUAAACAAACUGUUCUCCAUCCACAUGACUGUAGAUCAUGAGACUGUGCGUCAGAACCACAUCACAAGUGUGCGUUGAAGGCUUGUGCACGUGUGUGUGUGUGUGUGUGUGCACGUGUGUAACAAUCCCAGCCCAGUGAGAUACACAGCUGUGAUGUGCCUUUUGAUCUACACCAUAUCACCAAAUACUCCCACAGAGAACCUUGACUCAUGACUUUGCUAUUUCUACAAAAACAUCAUAAUUCUGCUCCGUCUGAUCUAAAAAAAAAAACUGCUUAGUCUUUUUUUAAUUAUUCUGUUGAACUCCAGUGAACAAAAAAAAAAUGCACUUUCUAUUUUGCUCACUCCUUAGAACAGUCACAUUCUCCUUUUGCUAGGACAUUAAAUGGAGCUUGAAAGUA